AUGGGAGACGCUCUUGAGCCUUCACAGCCAGUAGUUGGCCCAUGGGCUUCGUGGAACUCUGGCCAGAAGGCCAUCCUUCUAUUUUGUUCAAUUGGUUUGCCUGCUAUUCUCAUUGCGUUAGGCUUCGUACUUUGGCUACGUAUGAAUAAACCUCAUAGAGGAUUAGAUACGGUUGAUCAUGAAGAGAAGAAUGGAGGGGGAAACAAUAACGAGGAUUAUAGUGACGGUGGUGGUGCUGUAUGCCGAGAGGUAGAAAAUGAAGGCGAAAGGCAUACGGAGGUAAUAGAAGCGAUGGCCUGCGGCUUGAGAAGGGUUUCAAGUUCUAGCUCCUUAUCGAGAAGAGGCCUCGAAAAAGAAACAAUCCGGGACUUUGGAUUCACCUGCCAUCAUGAAAUCCACGGACAUAUUUCCAACGCCGCUACCCGGAAGAUAUCGAACAACGAUCAAGCCAGAUCGAUUGGAAGAUCCCUUUCUCCUUCCCCUUCGGACCGAAGGAAUAGUAUCUCUUUGUCAUUGUCCGAGGAUGCUCAAGGAAGCAUUGAUGAAAGAGAGCUAAGAUCUUCAAAACAAAGUUUUGAGACCUCCGUUGAUAGAGUCGAGCAAGGUUUUUCUUCGGGAUCCUGUGCAGAGGAUUUGGCCAUCGAAGAGACAUCUCACAAUUCAUAUUCUCUCAUAACAGGCCUCUCAAGCUUCGACAAGUCAUUGCGCUCUAAAUCUACUGAUUCAGUAGAAGAAAAACAGUUAGAGACCCCACCACUGGCGCAAACAACACUAAUGAGCCCUGCUUUCUCCAUCUCCAGCAACCCCCGCAGGCUAAUUCGCUCAUUUUCAUCCUUUGAGACACCUCAGUUCUCGGAACUAGGUGCAGAAACCCCCACGGAUAUUUCGGUGCAGGUACUCCCCGACGAUAAUGAUAAUCAAGCUGGUACAAGCGAUGCAGAGAUCCACGCACGUGAUGAGCUUUCUAAUACAUCCGGAUCUUAUGGCCGUGGGGUUCCUAUAAGCAUAGUGCAUGGGCACUCUGCAUAUGGGGAAACCGUUUGUGCUGUUCCAGCGGAGGAGGGGGGAUAUGUUAGAGAGUGCUGGCAAGGUAACGCAGCUCUCGAGGAGCCUAGCCAUAAUGAGGGCACCUAG